UAUGACGACUAACAAUAUGGAGGAACCACAAAGCCCCACUGCUGGUAGCCCUACUGGUCCCAUGGACAUUCACAUGCAAAUGAAUGCAAAAACUGAUGAGAGUUUGGAGAGUACGAGACGCAUGGUGGCAUUAUGCGAGGAGAGUAAAGAUGCUGGAAUUAGGACGCUCGUUAUGUUGGACGAACAAGGAGAACAAUUGGAGAGGAUCGAAGAAGGAAUGGAUCAGAUUAAUCAAGAUAUGAAAGAUGCCGAAAAGAAUUUGGAGGGUAUGGAAAAAUGUUGCGGUCUAUGCGUCUUGCCGUGGAAGAGGAGUAAAAAUUUCGAAAAAGAUUCCGCUUAUAAGGAUACUUGGAAGGGGAAUGAAGAUGGAAAGGUUAACACAAACGGACCAAGAAUGAUAGUUGGCGACAAUCAAGCCGGAAUGUCUGGUAAUUACGUGACUCGAAUAACUAACGAUGCAAGGGAGGAUGAAAUGGAACAGAAUUUGGGAGAAGUUAGUGGUAUGAUAUCAAAUCUAAGGAACAUGGCUGUGGAUAUGGGCAAUGAACUGGAAUCGCAGAAUAAACAAAUCGACCGCAUAAAUCAGAAGGCCGUAUCGCUGGAUAAUCGCAUUAGAGUAGCUGACAAGAGAGCAAAGAAUAUUCUCGUCAACCAGUGA